AUGGCGCCAACAUUAUUGCCAAAGGUGUCCAUAGGGUCAUCGACUUUUUCGAGAAUGCCUUUGUUAGAAAGAAGAAAAUAUCAUAAAUUAGGGACAUUAUCAUGUAUGUCUCUAAUUGUGAAUAAAAUGAUAGGUACGGGGAUUUUCCUGACGCCAGCUAUAAUAUUUCAAUACUGUCAGGGGAACGUUGGAUUAUAUUUGUUCUUAUGGUUGGUAGGAGGAAUAAUUAUUUUCAGUGGAUUAGUGAUAUUCUUGGAGUUUGCAUUAAAUUUACCAUUCACAAAUGGAGGAGAAAAGAACUACUUGUUAAGGGUGUUUCGUAAACCGAAGGGUCUAAUGGGAUGUAUUUAUUCCUUUCAAAUGGUUUUACUAGGAUUCAGUUCUGGUAAUGCUUUUGCUUUUGGAAAAUAUGUAUUAUUCGCCGUGAAUGGAGAGGAAAUUAAAGAAGAGGAGUGGAGUGUUAAGAUCAUAGGGGUAUUAUGUAUAAGUUUUUGCAUUUUUUUACAUAUAAAGUUUCCAAAUCAAGGUACUUCAUUAUUUAAUCUAUUAGGAGUAUUCAAGAUAUUCAUAUUGGUCCUAAUUAUUGCAAUAGGUUUACUUGUCUCGGUUGAUAUAAUAAAGUUACCUACCACUGUUGAUAAUUUCUCAAAUUUGUUUGAAUCUACGACCAAAAAAGAUAAUAACUAUUAUUCAAUUUCGGUAGCUCUAUUAGAAAUCAUCUAUUCAUUUAAGGGUUGGGAAAAUGCUAAUUACGUAUUACUGGAAGUCUCAGAUCCUUACCAUGUUCUUACGAUUGCUGCCCCAUCCGCUGUUGUUAUAACAACAAUUUUAUACUUUUUGGUUAUUAUAUCCUAUCUAAUUGUGAUUCCUAAACAAGAGUUAUUAGAUAGUGGGGUGUUGGUAGCAGGAAUAUUUUUCAAUAAGGUUUUUGGCGAAAGCAUCACAUCAAGGAUUUUACCAAUUAUAAUUUCUUCUUCUAACCUUGGAAAUGUAAUGGUGGUAUCAUUUGCUCAUGCUCAUGUUAAUCAAGAGCUUGCGAGAAACAAUUACUUACCUUUUUCCAAAUAUUUUGAAGAUAUAAAUAAUUCGUUAUUAUUGCAUUGGUUUAUUACUGUUAUCAUUAUGGUUGCACCUCCAUCAUCAGAAAUAUAUGAGUUUGUUGUUAAUUUAUAUAUAUACCCUGGUACAUGGAUCAACUUGUUAAUAACAAUUGGGUUAAUUUAUUUGCAUUUGAAUAGCAGAGGUGAGAAAUGGGGAAAACACAAUACUGGAAAUGGAUUAGAAACCAAUUCAGCUAAUAACAGUAUCUAUGAUGACAACGACAAUUUAAUUCUUCAAUUGAAUGAUGACAGCUAUACAGAAUUUGACUCCUUAAUAUCAGUAGAAAAUGAUAAUGAUACGUCUAAGUUUUCUGCUCCUAUUAUAUGCAUUGUUAUAUUUUUAUUCUCUAACAUAUUUUUAGCGGUGUUUCCAUUCUUCCCACCACCAUCAGAUUCAUCGUCAUCUCAGCUGAUAAUACCGUACUGGUGCUUUCCUGUCGUAGGUACAUCAGUUUUACUACUGGGUGUAGCUUGGUUUUACAUCCGAAGAUGGUUCCAUACUUGGAGAUACGACAAAUAUAAAAUUGGUGAACCUAAUGUUAAGUACGAGGAUGAUUAUUCUACAAAUUAA